UUCUGGAAGUCGUUAGACGACGACACGUGUCCUUUAACGUAAAUAUGACGUGACCCGCCGGUAUUCAGGAAGUUUCCUUGAUCUCUGUUUCUGUAAAUCCAUCCAAUUCGUACGGUUACAUAUAUAUACAUCAUACAUAUUGUGAGUCUAUAUUUCCCCCGCCGUCAAGUUAUCCGAAACGCUCAAAGUCUGCAAUCGUUAUAGACCAGAAAUCACAUCAGUGUUGAUUCGUUGCCUAUUGCGACAGGAAGUAGUUCCGGACUUGUUUCGAGGAUGUUUGCGAAGAACGACGUCGAAACAGGCCAACGGCCGCUGUACCCGACGAUGCUGGAGAGCCCCGAAUUGCGGUGGUCGUUUAUUCGGAAAGUGUAUUCGAUCAUCUGUGUUCAGUUGCUUCUCACGAUAGCGGUUGCCGCUGUUGUCAUCUCUGUUCAUCCGGUUAAGCACUUUUUUGCAGCUACUCGGGCUGGUUUGGUGCUUUACAUUGUUCUCAUAUUCGUUCCGCUUAUUGUGCUGUUCCCGUUACAUUACUAUCAUCAGAAGCAUCCAGUGAACUAUAUUCUCCUUAGUCUGUUCACAGUGUCGCUUGCGUUUGUCGUGGGAUUGGCGUGCGCGUUUACGAAGGGCAAAGUUAUCCUGUUGGCCGCCAUCUUAACAGCUGCUGUGGUAAUCAGUCUCACAAUGUACACCUUCUGGGCUGCAAGGAAAGGCAAAGAUUUCAGCUUCUUGGGACCUUUCCUGUUUGGUGCUCUCAUAGUUCUUUUGCUAUUUGCAUUUAUUCAGAUUUUAUUCCCUUUGGGAAAGAUAAGUGUGAUGAUCUAUGGUUGUUUGGCGGCCAUCAUCUUUUGUGGGUACAUAGUCUAUGACACUGAUAACCUGAUCAAGAGAUACAACUACGACGAGUAUAUUUGGGCAGCUGUGGCACUCUAUUUAGAUAUCAUCAACCUCUUCAUGGCUCUGUUGACUAUUUUCAGAGCUGCUGAUAGUUAGUUAGGCUUCAGAUAUUGUUAGCUUCUGGUUUCAAGUCGGAUAAUCACUUGUAAAUGAUUGAUAGCGGAGUGCUGUUUAGAAACACUGUCUUCAUCUUUAGUUGAGCAAUUAUGAUAAUACAUUACAUUUAG